GCCAAGUGCGUAUAUUCUGGCCAAGUUAUGAGCCUCUGAGAAUGAGAGCUUGAGGCGAGGACUGUUAACCCCAUCCACGCCACCAGAAUUCGGUCUUUCUCUUUUGGUUUGCACUGCCUGGAAAGCCCUUGGAGUGAGAGGCCAGCCUGCUAGAGAAAUCCAGAAAUCUGCAACAAAAACGAUGACAGCCUGAAACACUCCCUGUGCCAACCUCCAAAUUCUCGUCUGUCACUUCAGACCCUGACUAGUUGACAGAGCAGCAGAAUUUCAACUCCAAUAGGCUUGAAUGUGCCUCUGGGCACAGAAGCAGAGCUAACGAGGAAAGGGAUUUAAAGAGUUUUUCUUGGGUAUUUGUCAGACUUUUAUUUCCUGGCUGUGUGCAAAGAGGGGGAUUCAACUUCAGCUUUCUACAGAGGUUCUGGGUCCAGCCACCUCCUUGAAGAUCGAGACAGCAUGAAGAGUGGGCUUUUUUUCCUAUAUAUCUUGGGAACUGCAGCUGCGAUCCCGACAAAUGCAAGGUUCUUAUCUGAUCAUUCCAAACCGACUGCUGCAACAGCAACACCUGACAACACUGCAAGUCCCUUUUUAGGAAUUGAAGAUGCAGAAAAUGAACGAGAAAUUGCAGCGUCCACUGAAGACCAUCCCAACCCUGAGGCUGAAAAAUCUUCAGUCCUAAAGUCACAAGGGGAAGGCCAUGAACAGUCCUCAGAGCAGGGCGAGAGUGACGGUCAGGAGCUGGGACUGAAGGACCAAGAGGACAGCGGCGGUGACCUCAGUGUGAAUUUGGAGUAUGCACCCACUGAAGGGACACUGGACCUGGAAGAAGAUCUGAGUGAGCCUCAAAAGAAAAAGCUCCCAGAGAACACUGAUGACCUUGCUUCUGAUGUCAGUUCCUUUGCAGAUUCUAACCAAGAAGAAAGCUUCACAACGAGAGAGGAAAACCAAGAACAGUCUACAAAUGAUUCACAUGAUCAGUUGAACAGGAGCAAUCAACACAGCCAAGCCCUAAUGGAUCAAGAAAACCAAGAGCAGGAUCCAAAUAGUCCCCAUGGAGAAGAGGCAGAGGAAGAUGAGCCAGGUGAACCUGGCGCCCACAGUGAUAACCAAGAAGGGGAGAGAGAAUUUCCCAAGGAGCAUUCUAACAGCGAGCAGGGGGAGGAUGAUACCCAAACUGUUGGUAUUUCAGAAGAGUCUGAUCAACCAACUCAAGUAAGCAAGAUGCAGAAGGAUGAACUUGAGCUUGAACAAGAGGAGGAUGACACCAAUGCAGAAGCGGAAGAGGAAAAUGUGUCAGACAUCAAUAAGCACAUUCAAGACACCAAACAGCAGCACCAAGAGGGUAAAAUUGACCUUGAAGAUGUCAGCAACCACAAGGAGCUGGAUGAAAAAACUAUUUCUGAGGCUUUGCUCGUGGAACCUACUGAUGGUAAUGUCCAGCCCCGAAAUCAUGGAGCUGAUGAUGGGAGUGAUGGUGGCCUCAGGCACAGUGCAAGUGAUGACUACUUAAUCCCAAGCCAGGCCUUCCUGGAGGGCGAGAGAGUUCAGUCCAAUUAUCACGUCAAAAUGGAGGAGCAAAGAGAAAGAGCACGUGAGAAUGAAAGUGUAGACACCAGUGAACCUGGAGAACAUCAAGAGGCCAAAAAAGCAGAGAGCUCAUCAAACGGAGAUGAAACGUCCAGUGAAGGCCACACGGGGGUGCACGGUGUUGAUUCCUGCACGAGCUUCCAAUGUAAGAGGGGGCAUGUCUGCAAGGUGGACCAACAGGGGAAACCCCACUGUGUUUGCCAAGAUCCAGUGACUUGUCCCCCAGCAAAACUCCUUGACCAGGUUUGUGGCACUGACAAUCAGACCUAUGCUAGCUCCUGCCAUCUGUUUGCUACGAAGUGCAGACUGGAAGGGACCAAAAAAGGGCACCAACUGCAGCUGGAUUAUUUUGGGGCCUGCAAAUCUAUUCCUGCUUGCACGGACUUUGAAGUGACUCAGUUUCCCCUCCGGAUGAGAGACUGGCUCAAGAAUAUCCUCAUGCAGCUUUAUGAAGCGAACUCUGAGCACGCUGGCUAUCUAAACGAGAAACAGAGGAACAAAGUCAAAAAAAUUUACCUGGAUGAAAAGAGACUCUUGGCUGGAGACCAUCCCAUUGACCUUCUCUUACGGGACUUUAAGAAAAACUACCACAUGUAUGUGUAUCCUGUGCACUGGCAGUUCAGUGAACUUGACCAGCAUCCUACAGACAGAGUCUUGACACAUUCCGAACUGGCCCCUCUGCGAGCAUCACUGGUGCCCAUGGAACACUGCAUAACCCGCUUCUUCGAGGAAUGUGACCCCAACAAGGAUAAACACAUCACCCUGAAGGAGUGGGGCCACUGCUUUGGCAUUAAAGAAGAAGACAUAGAUGAAAAUCUCCUGUUUUGAAGUAAGAUUUGAAAGAACUCAAAUUUCCCAGCAUCCUCCUCUGUUCUAACUACUUCGGAAAUAUAUGCAGCCGUGAUGCUUGUAGAUUCAUAUUUAGCUAAAUGUUUGCAUGUAUGAGAAGACAAUGAGAGUAAUUGCUUGAUAACAAUAUAUGCACCAGGCAUUCAACAUUAACUUCAGAAAUAAAACUUUAAGAUUAAGUCAAUAUAUGCAAAAUAUUGUACACUGAGAACAGAAGUUUAACUCAUGGUAAUUUCACUCUCUGCAUCAACUGAUGAGAUAACUACUAAUUAUAAGACUUGAAAAAAUAAUGUAUUGGUAUUGUUCAUAAUUUCUUGUGCACUUCAAAAAAGUGGAAUAUUGCUCUUUUGUGGUUAACAUGUACCAUUUUCAAUAUCUUAAUACACAAAUAAAGAGUCCAUAAAAAUUCAAA